CAGAUGUGUCGCUGUGAACACUCCGGUGAGUCUACUUCAUUCAGCCGCAGAAGAAGAAGAAGAAGAAGAGCUCUCAGAGUAACGAUGGCGUCGCCCGGUGCUUUACUCGUGCGGUUCAGAUCGUUGUGUAAUGUUGUGAAAAGUCUUCAUACUGGAGGACAAACAACAGCGUCCAACUGGGGCAGAGAGACACGGUGGUACGGGACAAGAGCACGGAGCCUUCAGGAGCAGGGGACAUCACAUCUGGACACCAGACGAGAUAACCCAAACCUCCUGAAGGAGUUCCCGGAUCCUAAAUGUCUCUUGAAUAACACCAUCUCUCGUUCACUGGGAGUCAACGACCUGUCGCAGCUCAUCCAGUACAGCUGCACGGACAAUGCGGGGGUCAAGAAAGCCACUGUCACACUGUCGUGGCCCUGCAAGAUGGAAGAGGAGGGUUUUGCCUCCAAGAAAAUCGAUGCAGAAAGAUAUGCUGCAGCUGCUGCUUGUUUGAAGCUCAGAGAAAUGGGUGUCAUUGGUCCAAAUAAUCAGCUACCUAGGAGGGGAGCUGGCAAGGGAACCCUACAAUCACAACUCUAUAAUGACGAGGAAGACUCUUGGGCUAAAAGCGUCCUUGCUUCGAGAGGGAAAGCAGAUGAACAAAACCAAUAUCUGCCUCCCAAAGAAGACCCCUCCAAUAUCUCUGAAGCGCUUUCCUUGUUUCCACAACCUAAAUCUCUCCUCACCAGGGUCAUCCAGGUGGCCACGUCAUCCAACAGAAUCAGGGAGCUAAUGCAGUACAGAACAACAGGAGGGAAGCUAAAGAAGUGCGACCUGACGCUGCACUGGCCAGAGGAGUUGACGUUCUCCGCCACGGCGACCAGCCGGAUGAUAGCGGAGAGGAAAGCUGCAGCUCUUGCCUGCAUGAAACUGAAGGAGCUGGGGCUGCUGGAUAAAGACAACAACCCGCUGUCUCACGUCAAGUACCAUCGAGAGAAGGUGAGGGAGGCCGGAGAGCGAGAGAAACGCCCCCUCCCCCUGGAAGUCCCAGAAUACCUGGAGGAACACAUGAGAGAGUACCUUGCACAGUACCCAGUGGCAACAGAAGUACAGAAGCUUUGGGAGGAGGAAGAGAUGAGAGGACAGCAGACGGUAAACCAGGAGGAAGAAGAGGAAGACGAGGACUUGACAGACGCCAUCACAGGCAGGCAGUACAGACCACUGUCUGAAGAUGAGGCCCAGCGGCUCAACACCUACCUGCAGGAGGAAUGGGAGACCGCGAACCCUGGGCUGAGUGUGGAGCUCCCGGUCGAUGCUCACCGUGAGCGUGUGAUCUCGGCAGUGCAGUCGUCCAGGGUGAUCGUGAUCGCCGGUGAAACGGGAUGCGGGAAAACGACACGGAUCCCCCGCUUCCUGUUGGAGGAGAGUGUGAGAGGUGGAAAGGGGGCAGAGUGCAACAUCCUGGUGACCCAGCCUCGUCGGAUCAGUGCCGUAUCCGUGGCCCAUCGUGUCGCUCAUGAGAUGGGUCCAGCUCUAAAAGGCUCUGUGGGAUAUCAGGUGAGACUUGAGAGCCGACCACCAGAGCAGAGCGGAGGAGCCUUACUCUUCCUCACAGUGGGCGUCCUGCUGAGGAAGCUGCAGUCAAACCCGUCCCUGAAGGGAAUCAGCCAUGUGGUGGUGGAUGAGGUUCACGAGAGGGACAUUAACACAGACCUGCUGCUGGCUCUGCUGCGCUCCAGCUUAAAGGAGAACCCUGACCUACGAGUGGUGCUUAUGAGCGCUACUGGGGACAAGCAGAGGCUGUCCCAGUACUUUGGGGGCUGCCCAAUAGUUAAAGUGCCUGGAUUCAUGCACCCAGUAAGGGACAGAUACUUGGAGGAUGUGCUGAAAGAGAUGGGACGCCCAAUGCCAGUCCAAAAGAGAGCGGUGACAGACAAGCAGGGAGGAAGAGAGGAUGUUACACCAGAUGUAGAUUUAGUAGCUGAUGUUAUCGAGCACAUUGACAGACAUGGAGAGCCAGGUGCAGUGUUGUGUUUCCUCCCUGGAUGGCAGGACAUCAGGGCUGUUCAAGAGAAACUGGAGGAGAGGCACCACUUCUCCUCAGGCUCACAGAUGAUCUUGCCAUUGCACUCUAGUUUAUCAGUAGCAGACCAGCAGGCAGUGUUCCAGCGCCCCCAAGUGGGCCAGAGGAAGAUUGUUCUCACCACUAACAUUGCUGAGACCUCCAUCACCAUAGAUGACAUCGUCCAUGUGGUGGAUGCAGGAACUCACAAAGAGCAGAAUUAUGACCCACGGACUAAGGUCUCCUGUCUGGACACAGUUUGGAUAUCUCAUUCUAAUGUCAUUCAGAGAAAAGGGAGAGCAGGGCGAUGUCAGCCAGGACAAUCCUACCACCUGUUCCCACGACAGCAGCUGGAAUCCAUGACUCCCUUCCCCAUCCCUGAGAUCCUGCGCACCCCGCUGGAGAGUUUAGUAGUACAAGCGAAAAUCCACAGUCCAAACUGCAAGGCUGUAGAUUUCUUAUCCCAAGUGUUGGACAGUCCGGAUCAAGUAGCUGUGAGAGAUGCUGUCCGAAAUCUACAAGACAUUGGAGUCCUGGACAAGACAGAAACCCUGACGCCUUUAGGAGAGCGUGUCUCAUGCAUGUCGUGUGACCCUCGACUGGGCAAAGUGCUGGUCCUGAGUGCCAUGUUCAGAUGUGUUCUGCCCAUGCUGUCUGUAGCUGCAUGUCUGACCAGAGACCCUUUUCACAACAGCAUGCAGAACAGAGCUCUUGUUAGCAAGGGGAAAGAGGCUCUGAACAGGUCCAGCUACAGUGACUAUUUGGUGUUCAUUAGAGGUGUGUUGGGCUGGAGGAGACUUCAGCAGGACGGGGACAGAGAGGACAGGGAUGAAUAUCUGCACAAGCACACUCUGUCAAGGUUCAGCCUACGAUUCAUCAAUGGUCUCAUCUCUCAGUUCAGCGAGAACCUGCGUGAAGCCGAGGUGGUGUCUCGUGCCAAUGAGUGCCAGCGUCACACUUCUCUCUACAACGAGCACAGCAACCAGGAUGAGCUGCUUAAAGCUGUACUGCUGGCUGGACUCUAUCCCAACCUCAUUCAGGUGAAGAAAGGCGCUGUGACCAAAGGGCGCUUUCGCCCCAACAGCAUGUCAUUCCGCACACACAGAGGGCCAGUACUGCUUCACCGCGCCUCAGUGAACAGGGGAAAAGAACAGCUCCCUAGUCGCUGGUUGACAUUCUUCAGCGCUAUCCAGUCCAACGGGAACGUUUUCAUCAGAGACUCUUCUACAGUCCAUCCACUCGCCCUGCUGCUGCUCACAGACUGUGAUAUCACAGAGACAGUGAACGGAGACAGAGUGGACGUAUCCUUUCCUGGAUGCUCUCUGGUGCGCUGUGAGUUAUCAGUUGAGACCUGGGAGCUGCUGUGGGAGCUCCGCACUUCCAUUCAGACCAUGCUGUACCGCAACCUCAACAAUCCCAGCAACGCAAUCAACAACUCUUCUCAAGACGGAAAGCUCAUCUCUUUACUCGUAGAGCUGCUCAACAAUACAGACUCAAACCCUUUUGCUCAGAACCACAACAGUGAUAACAGUGACAGUGAGGUGGAUUGAUGACAUUGAGAACUUUCUACACGUGUGCGUUGGAUCUGCUGGCUGGUACAGAGGAACCAAAGAGGAUGAUGGUUUGAAUGUUGUUUUCUUAAAGAAAGUUUGAGUAAAUGAGUUAUACUCUGCUUAACUAAUCAGGACUCUUGAAGAGCAAAAAUCCGUAGUGGACUGUUGUCUGCUACUGUUAUUGUUGAGGUAAAUGAUGAACUCUCAUGUAGAGUGAGGUAAUCCAUUGGUUUGGAUUUUGGACUGUGGUUUAUUAUUUAUGGUGAUUUGUGCUUUCUGAAAAGCAGAAGUUGAAUUUUACUCAGAAGGGUCAUUGGCCAAAGGUUAUUAAAACAGACUGCAUGCAAUAAAUGAUGUCAUAUUUCCAUCCAUCCAUUAUCUGUAACUGUUUAUCCUAUUCAGGGUUGCGGGGGGCUGGAGCCGAUCCCAGCUGACAUUGGGCAUAUUUAUUGCAAUAAAUAUUCACUUGCCACCAUGAG